AUGGACGAGGAAUGGACAGCGAUCCCAAAGCCCCCGUCACCGGCUACCCGGCCGUCGGCCCGAACGGCGGCGCCGCCACUGCCACCGGCAGCGAACUCCUACAGCUACUACGCGCCCCAACCGGGCCACGCGGCGGCGCCGCCCGUGGCGCCUCCGCCGUACUAUCCACCGGCCUACGCAGCCGCAUCCACCUCCGCCUUGGGGCCUUCCAACACCCUCUUCCUCCGCCGCCUCCUCGCCGUGGCCAUCGCCUUCUUCGUCGUCGUCGGCGCCGCCACCCUCAUCCUCUGGCUCGUUCUCCGCCCUCGGCUCCCCCAGUUCUCCGUCUCCUCCGCCUCCGUCUCCUCCUUCAACCUCUCCUCCUCGUCCCAGCAGCUCUCCGCCGACUUCGACGUAACCCUAACGGUGCGGAACCCUAACAAGAAGAUGGGCGUCCAGUACGACGGGGUCCGCGCCGCCGUCGUCUACGGCGGCGAAACCAUCUCCGAGACCUCGCUCCCGCCCUUCUACCAGAGCAAGGGGAACGUCACCACCGUCCACGCGCGGCUCGUCGCGGCGGGCGAAUACGUCGGCGGCGACGUCACAAACGGGAUCAACUCGGAUCGAUCCCACGGUAAUGGCGCUGUUAGAUUCCAGUUUAGGGUUCUCUCCUGGGCGGUGUUCAAUUCGGGUGGGUGGCGGACGAGGCGGCACGUGAUGAGGGUCUACUGCGAGGACGUCUCCAUUGGGUUCAAUAACUCUACGGCUAGUUUGGGAUCUCUCUUGGGGUCGCCGAAGCAGUGCCAGGUUUAUCUUUGAGUAAGCGAAUGCAUAGGUUUUUGUAGUCGAUUAUUUUACUAGUUCGUAGCUGUAUGGGAUCAAUGGUAGAGCUAAUCGGGUACAUUUGGUUUCAGUUUUACUAGACUAUGACAUGAUUAACGCACAAAAGAUUGCUAAUCUUUGUUGCGCCUCGUAAAUUGCCCUGUAGAUACGGAAUUAGUAACUGCUUGUUUACAACUCCUAAUUGUUGAGAUUAAGCAUUUUGUGCCGUGUUCCUCUUUGUUGAA